AUGAGGAUUUUUAGACCGUGGAGACUGCGCUGCCCUGCGCUGCACCUGCCCUCAUUCCCGGUGUUCUCAUUCAAGUGGAAUCUACCUUCUCUUGCUCCUGACGACACCAUGUGUAAAAGUGUGACCACAGGUGAGUGGAAGAAAGUCUUCUAUGAGAAGAUGGAAGAGGUCAAGCCCGCUGAUAGUUGGGAUCUCAUCAUAGACCCCAACCUCAAGAACAAUGUGCUGGCCCCUGGCUGGAAGCAGUACCUGGAGUUGCACGCCUCAGGCAGGUUCCAUUGCUCCUGGUGCUGGCACACCUGGCAGUCGGCCCACGUGGUCAUCCUCUUCCACAUGCACCUGGACCGUGCCCAGAGGGCGGGCUCAGUGCGCAUGCGUGUCUUCAAGCAGUUGUGCUACGAAUGCGGCACUGCCCGGCUGGAUGAGUCGAGCAUGCUGGAGGAGAACAUCGAGAGCCUGGUAGACAACCUCAUCACCAGCCUGCGAGAACAGUGCUACGGAGAGCGUGGCGGCCACUACCGCAUCCAAGUGGCCAGCCGUCAAGACAACCGGAGACACCGCGGUGAGUUCUGCGAGGCCUGCCAGGAGGGCAUCGUGCACUGGAAGCCCAGUGAGAAGCUGCUGGAGGAAGAGGCGACCACCUACACCUUCUCCCGGGCGCCCAGCCCCACCAAGCAACAGGCUGAAGGGGGCUCCGGCUGCAACUUCUGCUCUAUCCCCUGGUGCUUGUUUUGGGCCACGGUCUUGCUGCUCAUCAUCUACCUGCAGUUUUCAUUCCGCAGCUCCAUCUAA